GAUUGGAUCUGGUUGCCUGCUCGCUUCUUUGUCAGCCAGCGCUCGUCUCUUGUUUUGCGCCGCGGCUGCUCCUGCGCAGGACCUCUUGAGAAGCUGCGCGGCUCUGCAGACUUUUAAACCCGUGGAUGCGUGACCUGGAUCUGAAUCUGGACACGUUUUCCGCAGAAUGUGCUCAGACUUGGUACCGGGAAUAGAAAGGGCUGCUGCUGCUUGCAAAGUCUGUGUGUGAUGCAUGUAUUUGAAUGGGAAGGCUACGAUAAAAACAAAUAUAUCUUACUAAAUACAAACCGAAGGCGGUGUUUCUGAAUACAAAGAGGAUUCCGCUAGACCAGUCUCAAACUAAACCAGUGAAGAUGGACGUCAGUGUCUCCGUGUCGUUGUUUCAAGACGAGCUCGCCUCCACCGUCGAGCUCGCAGUGAAAGCGGCUGCAGACAGCGUCGUGUGCGCGAUUACUGAAGCUGUGAGCAGCAAAUUCACUGAAUUACAAGAGGACAUGUCUGCAGUGAAGAGAGAGAAUGAAAGUCUGAAGCUGAGAUUGGAAAUAUCAGAGAGCGAGCUGAAAGCCGUGCGAGGGUGUAUAAACGCUGCACAUGCAGACAUUAAACAGCCUUUCAUAUUUCAAGAUCCCAUAGAGAGCCACGCUAUCCCUGAAUCUGAAGCACAGGAAGGACCAAAGAUAGAAGCAGUUUACACACAAGAGGAGUCCUUUGAACAGGAGUGGUGUGCAAGUCUAAUACAGGUUACAGAGCUGCCAUGUGUUAAAGAUGAAGACGUCCCUGAACAGGAAUGUGUUCCUAUUAAAGAGGAAUUCAUAGAACAGGAAUGUGUCUCCAUCGCAGAGGAACUUCCUACUGAAAAUAAUGUCUGUACACUUGAGGAGAACAACAAGCUGGGAUCCAACCUGUGUGAUGAUUCUCCAUCUGAAUGUGAUCUGGGAUUUGGAGCUUCUAAAGUAGAUGAUGGAGAACACGACUCCACUCCAUCACCCCAGUGCAAAAACUCUUCUAGAGGCGAACCACAGAGCAAGAAACACAGAGAAACGACACCCCAAGAAGAGUAUGUGAAGACAUUGAGAACUCACUCAGUUACAAUCCCUUCCUUACAAGACAGACACCCACUUACUGUGGAGAGUACAGAGACGCCACAUUCUGCAUGUUUUAACAAUUCUGAAACCCAGGGCAGCUUGAAGACCUUGCCUCAUUCUAUUAAAGGUGGGAAGAGUUCCUGUCAAUUAGACGUUCCUGAAACUCACAAGAGCAAUCCCACAGGAGGGACUCCGUGUUCCUGGGCUGAUUGUGGGAAGAGUUUCAAUCAUAUAUCACUGCUUAAAAGACACCAGCGCAUUCACACAGGAGAGAAACCUUCCCACAUACAUUUCAGAGAUAAGAGUUUCACACAGUUAGGAAAUCUUCAUUCACACCAGCACAUUAACAUAGGAGAGAAACCUUAUCACUGUGAUGUUUGUGGGAAGAGAUUCAGUCACUUAGGAUACCUUAAAAAACACAAAGCCAUUCACACAGGAGAGAAACCUCAUCACUGUGAUGUUUGUGGGAAGAGAUUUAGCCAGUCUGGAGACCUUAAAAGACACAAAGCCAUUCACACAGGAGAGAAACCUUAUCACUGUUCUGUUUGUGGGAAGAGAUUCAGCCUGUUUGGAAACCUUAAAGGACACCAUAAAAUUCACACAGGAGAGAAACCUCAUCACUGCCCUGAGUGUGGGAAGACAUUCAGUCACAUAGGAAACCUUAAAAAACACAAAGCCAUUCACACAGGAGAGAAACCUCAUCACUGUGAUGUUUGUGGGAAGAGAUUCAGCCAGUUAGGAGACCUUAAAAGACACCAUAAAAUUCACGCAGGUGUGUAAUCCUCUCCCUGCACUUAGUGUGGAGAAGUGAAGUCAGUUGCAGGCUCUUGCAGGACUCGAGAACAUUCUCAGAAUUGCAGAUGCUUGGGGACACCUAAACAACAUGAGUGCAUUUGACUAAAUACAGAAAUAUCUACUGAAAACAAAAGAAUAAACCUGCUUGAUAAACAGGGUCCCCCCGAAUCACAAUGUGUUCAGAUCAAAAGCUCACAGACUCAAAUAUGAACGAGUACGUCUUGUAUUCAUCGUCUUGUUGAGCAUUCGGAUUGUGUUACCUCACAUUAGUAAUAUAUUAAAUAGAUUGUUAUUAUG